CGCUAGACGUUGGGGAGAGGGGGGUGGAGGUGGGGCUGGAGGCGGGAGCGGCUCAACAUGGCGGAUGAUUCCUCCUCUGGCGUCCAGAGCCCGCGGGGAAGUGCGGAUGGGGAAGAUGAGGAUGCCAGGGAGCCGGCGCUGAUAGAGGACAGAGACAACCAGGAGCACAUAGAGUGCCAGAAACUGCUGGACUGCCAGGGGGAGUUUUGGGUCCCUGAGAAAGAGAAAGAGGUGGACAAGGACCUGGUGGCGAAGGCCGAGGCCGUGGCUGCCGGGUGGAUGCUGGAUUUCCUCUGCCUCUCCCUCUGCCGGGCAUUCCGUGACGGCCGCUCCGAGGACUUCCACCGCAUCCGCGACAGCGCAGAGGCUAUUAUUCAUGGACUCCCUAGUCUCACAGCUGAUCAGUUGAGAACUGUGUACAUAUGCCAGUUUUUGACAAGAAUUGCAGCAGGGAAAUCUCUUGAUGCACAGUUUGAAAGUGAUGAGCGAAUUACACCCUUGGAAUCAGCCCUGAUGAUUUGGACUUCAAUUGAAAAACAACAUGACAAACUUCAUGAAAAAAUACAGAAUUUAAUUAAAAUUCAGGCUAUAGCUGUUUGUAUGGAGCAUGGCAGUUUUAAGGAAGCAGAGGAAGUUUUUGAAAGAAUAUUUGGUGACCCAUGUUCUCACACGACCUUGGAAAGGAAAUUGCUUAUGAUCAUCUCUCAGAAAGAUCCAUAUCACUCCUUUUUUCAACACUUCAGCUACAACCACAUGAUGGAAAAAGUUAGAAAUUAUGUGAAUUGUGUGCUAAGUGAAAAAUCAUCAACUUUUCUAAUGAAGGCAGCAGCAAAAGUAGUGGGAAGUGAGAAAACAAGAAUAAUAACUUCUCAGGAUAAACCUAGUGGUAAUGAUGAAACAGAAACAGAAGCUAAUUUGGAUAAAGGAAAAAGGUCUCCCAAGAAUCUCUUCUUAUCUAAGUCGAAGUAUGGAAGCUGUCAGCAGGACCUUAAUAAGAAAGAGAGAGUGGGAAUUCUUCAAAGUGGAAGGAAGAAAAACAGAAGAGGUACUAAAAGAUCUGCUUCAACAAAUCAACCAGUAACUCAUGAAAAACAGCGACAUAGGAAAAAACAGCCAUGGCUUUGGGAAGAAGACAAGAAUUUGAAAUCGGGUGUGAGGAAAUACGGAGAGGGAAACUGGACCAAAAUACUGUUACGUUACAAAUUCAACAACCGAACAAGUGUCAUGUUAAAAGACAGAUGGCGGACCAUGAAGAAACUAAAGCUGAUUUGCUCAGACAGUGAAGACUGAAUGUGUUUGUCAAAGUUUAAUAACAGGACAGUUAAUAUUUUGAUUACUACAUUAUAUUUGAAACUUGCUGGUUAUUGAUGAAUAUUAAAACUGUUGUUUAAAGCAUUGUUUUUGUGAGCCUAAGUAAUGAGGAUGUGUGCUGUAAAAUUAUAUGCCAUCAGCUUGUUCCUCAAGAAUCUGUUUGAUAAAAUGUAAAUACACCCUACCCAAAUCUAAGACCUAACUGCCAGAUUGUUUCAAUAAAAAAUUUAAAGCUUUAUAAAGGGAAAAAAAAUAGUUCUGUUUACCAAAAUAGUUCUGUAGGCUAGCCUCAGCCUCAAAGAUACAACAUAAAAAUGAUUUUCUAAAUAAUUGAGUAGUGAUAGUCCUGUGAGAUGAGAUGUUGAUUUACGGCUUCAAUGUAUUAUUUAAUUCUAAGACAUUUGUUAGUAGAAUGAUAACUACGCUGAGUAGUUGAGUUUUGAUAUGCUUAAGUUUUUCUUUCCAAGUUUUAUGUUAAGGGAAAGACUUGCAAACAGUAAUGACAAUAGGACAGUAUUUGUACUCUUACCAAGAAUAGCUUUGUGUUUCAUUUAGGAAUGAGUUCAUAUAUAUUUAUAUUUAAGUAUUAAAACUUUAGUAAAUAUAAUUUUCAAUAAAGCUUUAUAACUUGAUAAGGGUCCUCUGAUAUUUUGAAUUAAUAAAUCAGUAUUGGGCUUAAAUAAUAUUCUGUAAAGGUUUAAUUUUGUAUGAACUGUGAUUAUCUUGACAUCUAUAAG